AUGUCUCUCGACCUUAGCUUUAUCAGUGACAUUGAUACGAACAUGGAAGCGGAAUCAAACAAGAGAGAUGAAUUUCACCGAAUAGUAAAAGAGUAUGAUCGAACUUGUCGUAAUAUUACGGCAAUCUUAAAUGGCGUGCAUAGCGCACCACCAGAAGAAAUUGAAGCCAUUGCGCGAAAAGCUCUUGAAAAAUUUAGCGAAGUCCAACAACACAUUCAGUCAUUGGCACAACUUUUGAAUUUGUCAUCAAGAUAUAAUGAUAUUUGGACUCGAACUGUACAGACAUCAAAUUUUCUUGCCGCGUUCGCUGUUUAUCUACUUGAGGAACGAUUCGUCACAACCGAGGAAUUGCAAAAAUUGUGUGGUGCUCCCGUUAAUAUUAAUAAUGAUCUUCAAGAAUUCCAUAUAUCAGUUGAAGAAUUUAUUCACAGUUUAAUAAGUCUGACAACUGAAUUGUCGAGAUUUGCAAUCAACUCUGUAACGCAGGGUGACUACAAUCGACCGAUUCGAAUCUCGAAAUUUAUCAAGGAAUUAUACAAUGGAUUUCAAUUGCUGAACUUGAAAAACGAUCAAUUGCGUAAGCGAUUCGACAGCAUCAAAUAUAACAUCAAGAAGGUUGAAGAAGUUGUGUAUGAUGUUUCCUUACGCAAGCUAAAUACCUACACUUAG